AUGAAGAAGUUUGGAAGGAAGAGGAGCUCGAUCCACGGCACCAUCUGUGAGGACGCAAGAAGAGCUUUCGACGAUAUCCGAAGAAAGAUUGCUGACUCCGGUCGCCUGUCUUCCAGCGACUUUUCCAUCGACGCAUCCCCAGGAAAUACCAGCCAGAGGAGAGACCAUCCAUGUGAUCUUGCCUCCAGUUCUUCCGACGAUUCAGAGAACUGGAGCAGCUUUACUAGUGUCCACAGCAUAGAACUUAGAGCUGGGCACAGGCGUGAGUCCCUUACUCUUGAGAACAAAGGAGAGGGAAACUCUGUGGUGAACCAUGACAUCCUGAGCUCCAGUGAAACAUAUGACGAAAGUCUAGGAUUCGAGAGCUUUCUGGACUCAGAGACCAGGAGGACAUGCCGGAUACAGAACAUAACAUUUAGAAAGAAGAAAGAGACAGACGGCCUUGUAGGUGGACAGAGUCAAGGAACGGAGAGUUUGCAGUCUUCAUAUGGCGGAAUGCCUGAGGUCGGGGCUCUGAGGAAAGUUCCGUUUGACAGGAUGCCGAAGAAUGUUAAGAAGAUUGGAGAGGCAACGUUUAGCGAAGUAUUUGCACAUGGACCGUUGGUCUACAAGAUAGUCCCGCUAGGAGACACACCCGAUGAAACAUCUCUCUCGUCAUUUUUGAGGGAGUCCAUCAUAUUCAGGACCAUUUCAGGAGAAGACGGUGUGUGCGGGCUUAAGGAUGUAUUUCUGGUGGCAGGCAGAUACCCGGAGGAAUAUCUCAAGGCCUGGGAUGACUAUGGAGAGGAGGAGAACGAAAGGCCCUGCAAGUAUCGAGACGAGCAAGAAUACGGGGUGAUAGUAAUGGAGGACGGGGGAGAGAGCCUGGAAAGCAUCAAAUUCCAGAAGAUUGCAGAAGUAGAUGCAUUCAUUAGGAGCGCCGUAAGGGUGCUGGCAAAUCUCGAAAAGAAGUACGAGUUUGAGCACAGAGAUCUUCACUGGGGAAACAUCCUGAUUAGAGAGGGACAGAUAAAUCUGAUCGACUUUUCGCUCAGUAGGCUGAGGAGCGGGGGCGCAGUGAUAUUCAAUGACUUGAAUAGCAAGCAAUGGCUGUUUGAAGGAGACGAGGCUGUUGACAUCCAGUUUAGGGUCUACAGAGACAUGCGCAAGCUGUGCUCUGGAUGCUGGUCCCGAUUCGUUCCUGCAAGCAAUGUUUUGUGGCUCCGGUACCUCGUUGAGAAGGCCUUCAGCAAAAACAGGUUCAGGGGAAGGAAGACUCUAAUCUCGCAAUAUAUUUCAGUUAUAGACAGCAGCACAUCGGCAGCAGAUGUAGAUAGAAAGCUUGAAAUGGAAGUGGGUACAAUAAAAAAGAGCUUUUAA